CGGUGAUGAUCGGUCUAUAUAUCGACGGCAGCCUCGUCCUUCGAGUUUUGCCCUGACUAUGGAGGCCGACGCAGAGCAAGCCCCUUUCCUUGACACGUCUUCCAACCCCGCCAACUUCAAUUCGUCCAGCCAACAGUCGCAGCACAUCGCUCGCAGGCUUUAUAUCUCCCAUUUCUUCUCGACGUGGAACUCUCGUCUAUUUGAGUUUGGCGCGGUGCUCUUCCUAGCAGCCGUAUACCCCGAUACCCUCCUUCCGGCGUCGAUCUACGCUCUCGUCCGGGCAGGCGCCGCCAUCAUCAUCUGCCCUGUCUUAGGACGUUACGUGGAUACAGGAGACCGGCUGCAGGUCGUGCGGUUCUCGAUUUUAGGACAGCGCGCAUCUACUAUACUCUCUUGCUUGGGUUUUCUCUUGCUCGUGUCGGGCCUCGCAAGUGCGAAACUACAGAUCGUUUUACUGAUCAUCCUGGCACCCCUCGCCUGUGUAGAGAAGUUAUGUUCAAUCAUGAACACCGUAUCGGUCGAACGGGAUUGGGUCAUCGUGGUUGCCGAGGCGUCAUCUUGCAGCUUGCAGACGCUUAACUCGCAGAUGCGUCGCAUCGACCUCUUCUGCAAGUUGGUCGGUCCGCUCUGCAUAGCCCUGUUAUCCGGGAUAUCUAUACACGUAGCGCUGCUGACUACACUCAUCCUGAACAUCAUUUCGGUCGGAAUGGAGUACUUCGCUGUAGCAAAGGUUUACGACAUCGUGCCAGCACUCCAACAACCUAAGCUCAUAGCCGCACACGUGGAUGGGUCCGAGCAGAGGACCGUCGCAUCCCGAGUGGGCGCUCUAGGUAGUUCGAUAGUCGCCUACGUCAAGCACCGCGACUUCCUGCCGUCCUUCGCGCUCUCGCUCCUCUACCUCACCGUGCUCUCCUUCGGCGGGCAGAUGGUCACCUACCUCCUCAGCGCCGGCUUCACGCCCACGCAUAUCGGCCUCAUGCGCGCCGUUUCCGUCGGGUUCGAGAUGUCCGCGACCUGGCUUGCACCGCGCGCCAUGCGCAAGGUGGGCCCGAUCCGCGCCGGGCUCUGGUUCGUCACCUGGCAGGCGGUCUGCCUCGUGGCGGCGCUAAGCUGGUACCGCGGCUCUCGCCUUGGUCCUCUCUCCGGCGCGCUCGGGCUCGUCGUCGGUGUCAUCUUCAGCCGCGUUGGCCUUUGGGGCUUCGACCUCUGCGUGCAGAUUAUCGUUCAGGAGGAGGUUGAACCCGAGGCUCGCGGCUCCUUCUCGUCCGUGGAAGCAUCGUUCCAAAACAUGGCCGAGCUACUAUCCUACGCGUUAACGGCCGUCUUCUCCAGACCCUCUCAGUUCCAUAUCCCUACGUUCGUCAGCGCGGGCGUAGUUCUACUUGCUGCCAGCCUCUACGCUGCGUUCGUGAGGCGUAGGAGAGGUCAUCUCAUUCACGUCUCUAGCUGCAUUAGCUUGAAAGCUAUCGACCCUAAUGCAAGCAACGUUCACCGCGGGUUCUAUCAACGUGAUGACCAGUAGCGGGCCGCUGAGACCAGUCGCACGAUGAACCACACUUCAUGUAUCACAAGUCGAGUAGCAAGGGAAGAUAGAUUCCAGGUGUACGAUAGAUGCACAGUGGUCUAGAAUUACGCGUGUAUCGUCAUAUAAAAAUCCCUGAAUGAGACGUACUGAUCCUUCGGCGUUGCCCAUUGCGAACCUUGGCCCCCGAAGAAUGUGCUGAAAAACAAUCCCGAGAACCCGAUGGGUGACGCGCCGUUGUCGGGAUCGGAAUCUCCGCCGUCCUCCGCUGCAAGACCCAAAACCUGUGAAUCACCGAGUACGACCAGUCCCUCCGGAGUGAACCAAACGGAGCUCGUCGCAUCAGGAACCGCUUUCUCAUCCGAUCCACCGUCCGGGACGUCCAGAUCGGUCCGGCUGUCAGCAGCCGCACGGGAGGGAUCGCCUAGCACGACGAGUCCAUCCGCGGUCAUGAACACGGAUAAGUUGACAUCGCUGUCCAGCGCAUUCACGAUUUCGGCCUCGCUCUCUCCCUCGUUGCAUUCCUCAAGACUUUCCUCGUCUUCGUCCACGGGUCCACGGUAGUAGACGUCAUCCCGUUCCAGCACGACGCGAUCGUUCACCUCGAGCUUGAAGCCGCCGUCUUGCUGUCCCGGGGUAUUCAAGACGACCGUCUGCCGAAGCCGAGUCCACUGGCCCGGAGGAAACGAGAAUAUGCCCCGCGCUAUGGACAGGCCGUACGACGACGCACAGAUGGACUUGGGAGGAAGAGAGCAGAGACCUUCCGUUUGCUUGUUCUUCGGUGCGUACAGAUAUAGUUCGCCCAUUCCGUCCUUCCUCCACAUCAUGCGCGUGCUGAAACAAUCGAGCGCGUCGUCUCCGCCAGAGCAGCUCUCGUGUCCGCCAUAAAUACCAGGAAGCUUGCCGCCUAGGACGAAGUCAAACUCGGCUGGAAAGUAGACGCUGUAUUCUAAAGAGACAUUCUUCGCAGAGAGUAGGUCGACACCGAGAGGAUUAGAGUAGAACUGAGCGCCGCCGACCGGCGUGUCCGAAGCGCCUGGGUUGACGGAGCCCGCAGGGUAGAGGACGGAGAUGACGGACGCAUCGUAGAACGUCUUCGGUCCCCCUUCAAGACGCUCGGACGCGGUGGAAUUGCUUGGGUCCGCCUUCGCGACUUGCAGGUUAUGUUUGCCGGAGGAGAUCCGAGAGAUGUUGAACGCGGCGAGGUCAGUUGAAUUGAA